AUGUCUGCCAUUGGCCCCUUCGCAGAGCCUGCACCAGGCUGCAAACCUGCAGCCGCUCCUGCCUUGACCGCCGACCAACAAACCAAAUACGACCAGCUUCUCGCCGAUGUCCGGACAUGGGAAACUCUGCCCACAACUUCAGCAAAGGGUGCCGAAGAAUCACCAAUCAGCGACGAUGAGCGUAUCUGGCUCACCCGUGAAUGUCUCCUUCGAUACCUUCGCGCGACAAAGUGGAACCUUCCUCAAGCCACCCAGCGUCUGCGCGGGACACUGAUAUGGCGUCGCGAGUACGGCACCGACAAAUUCACCGCCGAAUACAUCUCAGAAGAGAAUGCAACCGGCAAGCAGGUCUUGCUUGGUUUCGAUAACGAGGGAAGGCCAUGCUUGUACCUGCUGCCUCAGAACCAGAACACCAAGGAGACGCCUAAGCGGGUAGAGCACUUGGUCUACAUGCUUGAGCGCACCAUCGACAUGCACCCGCCUGGUCAAGAGAGUCUGGCAUUGUUGAUCGACUUCAGGAACACUGGAGCUGGUGGUACCCCUAGCUUGGCCACCGCCAAACAGGUCCUCGAUAUCCUGCAGAAUCACUAUCCAGAGCGACUUGGCCGGGCAUUACUCACACACCUCCCUUGGUAUGUCAAUGCCUUCCUCAAGCUCGUGAACCCGUUUAUCGAUCCCGUCACCAAGUCCAAGAUUAAGCCCAACGAGCCUCUGCCCAACCAUGUACCUGCAUCUCAGCUCAUGAAGGUCUCUGGCGGUGAAGUCGACUUUAAGUACGACCACUCUGUCUACUGGCCAGCACUAGAGAAGCUCACCAAUGAGCGGAGACAACAAAGGAAGGAGCGAUGGGAGAAGGCUGGCAAGAUAAUCGGAGAGAGCGAGAUAUACCUCUGGGGAGGUGAUGAGCCCAGCCUUGCAAGUGGAACAGCCACUGACACUGCAGUAGAGGCUACCCAGCCUCCUACAACAGUCGAGGGUGCCAGUACCGCACCCAACGGGGGUGCGGAGCUUGUUGAAGGUGUUGAAAAGUUGGACAUCAAAGAGGGCGAGCCGGUCAAGGCUGCUGCCUGA